UGUUCAUGUUCAUGAUCAUUCUGCUGUGCUCAGUGCUACCAAUAGUACUCUGAUUUAUGCUAUGCCCCAUGUUCUGCAUACUCGUAUUGAUCUUGAUUUGAUACUUGCAGAGCCCAGUCCUUCUGUCGACCUGCGCCUGCACGCAUGUGAAGUCUCUACAUCUAGUUUUCUCAGGACGGUCAUCAACUAUGCAAACCGUGCAGUAGCAGAGAUCAUCAAACACAGAAAUGCGCAACAAGGCGGACAAAAAACGAAUGGCUGAGAAAAGUUAAACCUGCUGCUGUAAAGGUCGAAACUACCUAGUGCAAGCUGAAGAGACUGAGCUGCUGGCCAGUACGUGGACUACCACUAUUUCAGUAAGUAUAAUCACACUGUCAUUUAUCUGCAC